CCAGUUUUAUUAUUGCACCACAUAAUCAUCGCUGGUGAUAGAGGUAGCUCCUGCUUCGAUUUCUUAGUAAUCUGGCACCAAUUUUUGGUACGGUGCGGCGAACCUUCGUUUCUCUAAGGGCGAACAGACGAUAAUAACAGACGGCCAUAUGGCGGCUAAGGCAGACCACCGCCAAUCUAAAGGUGAAACCAAGCUCACCCUAGAGCACAUCCUUGGGACCAUCUAUGGUAAUUGUUCCGGUGACGCGAUUGGCUUGUUGACAGAGUUUAUGAACAAGAAGACAGCGAAAACGCAUUAUGGGAAGUUUAAGAAGCUUGAGUAUGAGCAAAAGGUGGACGACCUUCAUCGUGAUCGCUGGGAGACAGGCGAUUGGACGGACGACUCAGACCAGAUGAUCCUCAUCAUGCUAUCACUCAGGGACAAUGAUGGAAAGAUUGACCAACUUGACUUUGCACAUAGGAUCGUCCAGUGGUGUAAACAUGGGUAUCAGGAGUUGGGCGAUCACGUUGGGUAUGGGAUCGGGUCAACAACGGAUCGUGUUCUUCGACAUCAGCGAUUUGAUGCAGCGCCAAGUGAGGCAGCCCAGUGGGUCUGGGAACAUUCGGGCCGUCGUGUCGCCCCCAACGGUAGCGUCAUGCGCACUUCUAUCCUGGGUAUCCAUGACUACAGGAACAUGGACAAGGUCAUCAGCAACACUAAAGAGAUCUGUAAGACAACCCAUUAUGACCCAAGAUGCCAAGCGUCCUGCGUCGCAGUUACCACAGCAAUCGCCAUGAUGCUUCAGAGACAAGAGAAACACAUGAAGAAAAAUGACAAGUUUAACAUCGAUGCUGUGAUUGCGGACAGUUAUAACUACGCCAAGGAAUUUUUGACCGAACCGGAGCAGAUUGAGGACCUUCACUUCCACAUGUACGCCAAGAAUCUUGCAGUGUUAGAACUUGAUGAUUCUAAGAAGAUCGGUUUCUGCUUCAAGUGUAUGGGAAGCGGGUUUUGGGCGCUGAGACAGAAGAACUAUAGGAAGGCUUUAGAGGAGCUUCUUAUGCAGGGAGGUGAUGCUGACACCAAUUGUGCUGUGGCCGGAGCGCUGCUAGGAUGUAAGCUAGGAGUCUCGAAGAUUCCUGACUCGUGGUUGAAGGGUCUCUGUCACAAGGAAUGGCUGGAUAAGCAGAUUGCUGAAUAUCUUCCAAUACUUGACAAAGUCCUUGAAAAUGGUGCUGACACCAGCUUCCUAACUGCAUUUGAAGCAAGACACAAGUGAUUGUGAUCACUUCCGGCUCUGUUGUCUCCUAUCCAGCGUGGCCUUUGAUGUAAUCUUGGAAAAUAGGACAGAUAGCUUUUUGUAGAACUACUGGAUCAACUAGAAGAUCGUGAUGUCACCAAUCAAUCUAAGGUGGCCUUCGUACCUUGAUAACUUGUGGACCUUUGGUUAGGGACAAACGUCUCCAAAGGUGGAUGUGGCCGAGAGCAGGGACAUAAGCUAAACUUAUGGUGCAAUCUAGAAAUUCUGAAGUCAACUUUAUUGAAAGGAGAUUAUUUUUUCCCGGCAUGGAAAUCAACAUGAUCGUGUGAUAUUACAGAAGGAAGUGUCUAAAACUCUAGUCAAUGUUUAUGUGCAAUGUACCUCAUUCAAGUGGGGACUAAACAUGUUGUAAUAAUAUAGGGCAAGGUGGGUUUAAUUGGGCCAACAAAUAUUUGGGGGCGAUACGACUAGUAUCCUAGUCCGAGAAGGUCUUAUUUGUCUUUGUUGGCCAAAAAGCUCCACUUAAACCCUGCUGGUACUUGUGUAAUGUGUAGAAUCAGUGGCCCAGUACUUUGGUUGUAUAGUCACAACCUAUGUGAUGAAAUGGUCUUCUCCUUUCAUCCUGGUUGUGACUUUGUCCUCAAAAGAUGUGUUAAGGACAGAUUGUUAUUAUAAUCAAACACCACGAUUGCAACAGACUUAUGAGUUAGUGUUACGAGUUUCCAUCACAGUAAGGGUUGUUGGUGCUAUUGUUGUAGGUACGGGAAGGUGCGGGUAUAACUUUUCACACACUUUUGUGGAAUGUUAAUGUGGCAAAAAAGAGCAUUGUAGUGCUUGUAUUGGUAUUUAAAAUAGAUCUGUUUAGAAUGUACAAUUGUUAGUCAUCACUAUCGUAAUAAAUUUACU